UACACCUUACCACACCCAAUUCUUCCUCAUUUAAUACCCAAAUUUCACAAAAUCUCUAAAGCCUUGGUCAUACCGAUCAAAGAACCACCACAUCCAAGUCCAACACGGCGGAGACCCGGUCGGAUAGUCUGGAAAAAAGUGGCCGGAGCCGCCUUUGCGUGGUGCCCAGUUCAAAUUAACACCAUUUUUUUCCUAUUCUUUCUUCUUUAACUCAAAAUCCCCAAAUCCCAAAAUUCAAACCCACUCUGAAAUCCCCAAGCUUUGAAUUCCAUUUCCACCCACUGGACUGAAAUGGCGACUAGUACUCCGGUGAGGAAUAGAAGGAUAAAUGAUAUGGUGAAUAAUAUUUGUAUAAGUGACUGUUAGAAACAAUGAGGCAGAGACACAAGAAUCCAACCAUUCCAACACCCAAUCAACCCACAACCCAAAAACCAAAACUUUCAAAAUCCUUUAUAUUUUCUUCAACAAAGAGAGUCUUUGCACUCUGCUUGGCGUUCCGGGUGGUCAAUGCUUUGUUGGUGCAGACCUAUUUCAACCCAGAUGAACACUGGCAAGCCCUUGAAGUUGCUCACCGCAUUGCUUUCGGCUAUGGGCAUUUGACAUGGGAGUGGAAGAAGGGGAUUCGUAGCUAUUUGCAUCCAGUGCUAUUUGCUGUACUCUAUAAAGUUCUUUCUAUAUUGGGUCUGGAUACACUAUGGUUCAUGACGAGGGCUCCACGGCUGCUGCAGUCCAUAUGUUCCUCAGUUGGUGAUUUGUAUUUGUACAAGCUGUCAGAUGUCCUCUUUGGUGAUUGUGUUGCAAAAUGGGCUCUCUUUGCACAAUUGACAAAUUGGUUUAUGAUAUUUUGUUUCCCUCGCACGUUGUCAAAUAAUUUGGAGACUGUUCUUACACUUAUUGGCCUAUACCACUGGUCCUGUAUUAGAGAUUCUUCCACUAAAAUUCCAUUGGUUUCAAGGAAGUGGGGUCUGGCAAUAGCAGCAUUGGCUUUUUCUAUUCGACCAACGAGCGCUAUUAUAUGGGUGUAUGUUGGCCUACUUGAGCUGUUUGUGACUCGUGAUAGACUAAGAUUCAUUUUUCUUGAGGUGGCUCCCAUUGGGGUGCUGGUUCUUGGACUAACAUGUUUAUUGGAUCGUUUGAUGUAUGGCUCGUGGGUCUUAGUACCUCUUAAUUUUCUAAAGUUCAAUUUUCUGUCCUCUGGAGGAGAUUAUUAUGGCACUCACAAGUGGCACUGGUACUUCACUCAGGGAUUUACGGUCAUGCUCUUCACAUUCUUACCAUUUUCCGUAGCUGGCAUCAUACAAUCCAAACAAUGGAAGUUGUCUGGCCUUAUUGCAUGGGUUUUAGGACUUUACAGUGUACUGGGUCACAAAGAGUUCAGGUUUGUCCUGCCUGUGCUUCCAAUAGCUUUGAUGUUCUCUGGAUAUGCAUUAGCUAAGAUGAAUGCAUCUGAUUCUCCAAAUGCUGAAAAGAAAGGAUCUUUGAACAUUCAUACCAGAUGUCCGUCAAAAAUGCAAUUUUUCAUCUUCUUCUUGCUUGCUACAAACAUACCAAUGGCCUUGUAUAUGAGUUUGAUUCAUCAGAGAGGAACUGAAGAUGUAAUGAUCUAUCUAUCCAAAGAAGCUAGAAAUGAGAAAGUUGAAAGCAUCCUUUUCCUAAUGCAAUGCCACGCAACACCUUACUACUCCACUUUGCAUCGCAACUUACCCAUGCGUUUUCUCGACUGCUCACCAAGCAGUGAAGAGAAAGGAGUCCUAGAUGAGUCAGAUCUUUUCAUGAUGGACCCUGUCAGUUUUGCAACAGAAUUUGCAAAAAAUUGGUCAAAACCUAGUCAUGUUGUGUUGUUUGAUUCAGAAGAAAGAUUAUUGAGGGAUUUUCUAAUCCUGCAUUCUUAUAGAGAGAUUAAAAGGUUUUUCCAUUCUCAUUUCAAAGUGGACCGCAAUCUUCAAUCAUCGGUUGUUGUAUAUGUUUUGGCAGGCCAGUGACAUUUGUCUUCUAUGCAACCAAUCUAUGUCGCCUAGCCCUUAGCAAUUUUUUUUUUUUUUUGCUUGCUUCUUAUGGAGAUAUAUUGUUCAAACUUAUGUCAGUGGUACAUUUAACAGGAAUACUUUUGACGGACAACACUCAAUUUUUUGAUCUAAAAUGUACAGGAAUGCUUUGAUGGACAA